CCAAGUCCACUGCCAGAUCUCUUCCUAAAUUGAGCUCAGCUGAGAGACUGAAGAUGCUCCCUCUCCUACCCAUAUCUGCUCUGCUCCUGCUGUGCGGUGUUAACCCUGCAAGUGCCAAUAGUUACUAUGACAAGGUCUUGGCUCACAGCCGCAUCAGGGGUCGAGAUCAGGGCCCAAAUGUCUGCGCCCUCCAACAGAUCUUAGGCACCAAAAAGAAAUACUUCAGCUCUUGUAAGAACUGGUAUCAAGGUGCCAUCUGUGGAAAGAAAACGACUGUGCUGUAUGAAUGUUGCCCUGGUUAUAUGAGAAUGGAGGGGAUGAAAGGCUGCCCAGCAGUUAUGCCUAUUGACCACGUUUAUGGUACACUGGGCAUUGUGGGAGCCACUACAACCCAACAUUAUUCAGAUGUCUCAAAACUGAGAGAAGAGAUCGAAGGAAAGGGAUCAUACACUUACUUCGCACCAAGUAACGAGGCGUGGGACAACUUGGACUCUGACAUUCGCAGAGGACUGGAGAACAAUGUGAAUGUUGAGUUAUUGAAUGCUUUACACAGCCACAUGGUUAAUAAGAGACUGUUGACCAAGGACCUAAAACAUGGCAUGGUUAUUCCUUCAAUGUACAACAACCUGGGGCUUUUUAUUAACCACUAUCCCAAUGGGGUUGUCACUGUGAACUGUGCCCGAGUCAUCCAUGGGAACCAGAUUGCAACAAACGGUGUUGUCCAUGUCAUUGACCGUGUCCUUACACAGAUUGGUACCUCAAUCCAAGACUUCCUUGAAGCAGAAGAUGAUCUCUCAUCCUUCAGAGCGGCUGCCAUCACAUCUGACCUUUUGGAGUCCCUUGGAAGAGACGGUCAUUUCACGCUCUUUGCUCCUACCAAUGAGGCCUUUGAGAAACUCCCACGAGGUGUCCUGGAAAGAAUCAUGGGAGACAAAGUAGCUUCUGAAGCUCUCUUGAAGUACCACAUUUUAAACACUCUCCAGUGUUCUGAGGCUAUUACAGGAGGAGCUGUGUUUGAGACUAUGGAAGGAAACACAAUUGAGAUUGGGUGUGAAGGUGAUAGCAUCAGCAUUAAUGGAAUCAAAAUGGUGAACAAGAAAGACAUUGUGACAAAGAAUGGUGUGAUCCAUUUGAUUGAUGAGGUCCUCAUUCCUGACUCUGCCAAACAAGUUACUGAGCUGGCUGGAAAACAGCAAACCACUUUCACAGACCUGGUGGCGCAGUUAGGCUUGGCUUCUUCUCUCAAGCCAGAUGGAGAAUACACUUUGUUGGCACCCGUGAACAAUGCAUUCUCUGAUGACACCCUGAGCAUGGACCAGCGCCUUCUUAAAUUAAUUCUGCAAAAUCACAUAUUGAAAGUAAAAGUCGGCCUUAGUGACCUCUACAAUGGACAGAUCCUGGAGACCAUCGGUGGCAAACAACUCAGAGUCUUCGUGUAUCGUACUGCCAUCUGCAUUGAGAAUUCAUGCAUGGUGAGAGGAAGCAAGCAAGGCAGAAACGGAGCCAUUCAUAUAUUCCGAGAGAUCAUUCAACCAGCAGAGAAGUCGCUGCAUGAUAAGCUAAAGCAGGAUAAGCGCUUCAGCAUCUUCCUCAGCCUUCUCGAAGCUGCAGACUUGAAAGAUCUCCUGAUGCAGCCCGGGGACUGGACCUUAUUUGCACCAACCAAUGAUGCUUUCAAGGGAAUGACCAACGAAGAAAAGGAAAUUCUGCUCAGAGACAAAAAUGCUCUUCAAAACAUCAUCCUUUAUCACCUGACGCCAGGUGUUUACAUUGGAAAGGGCUUUGAGCCUGGAGUCACUAACAUUCUAAAGACCGCACAGGGAAGCAAAAUCUACCUGAAAGGGGUAAAUGAAACACUACUGGUGAAUGAGCUGAAAUCCAAAGAAUCUGACAUCAUGACAACAAAUGGAGUCAUCCAUGUGGUAGAUAAACUUCUCUACCCAGCAGACAUUCCAGUUGGAAAUGAUCAGCUACUAGAGCUACUAAACAAACUGAUCAAAUACAUCCAAAUUAAGUUUGUUCGUGGUAGUACCUUCAAAGAAAUUCCCAUGACCGUCUAUACAACUAAAAUUAUAACCAAAGUUGUGGAACCAAAAAUUAAAGUGAUUCAAGGCAGUCUUCAGCCUAUUAUCAAAACUGAAGGACCUGCAAUGACAAAAAUUCAAAUUGAAGGCGAUCCUGAAUUCGGACUGAUUAAAGAAGGCGAAACAGUGACAGAGGUGAUCCAUGGAGAGCCAGUCAUCAAAAAGUACACCAAGAUUAUAGAUGGAGUGCCUGUUGAAAUCACCGAAAAACAGACCCGGGAAGAACGGAUUAUUACAGGUCCUGAGAUUAAAUAUACCAGGAUUUCUACUGGAGGUGGAGAGACAGAAGAAACUAUCAAGAAAUUGUUUCAAGAAGAGGUCUCCAAGGUCACCAAAUUCAUUGAAGGUGGUGAUGGUCAUUUAUUUGAAGAUGAAGAGAUUAAAAGACUGCUUCAGGGAGACACACCUGUAAGGAAGAUACAAGCUAACAAGAGGGUUCAAGGAACUAGAAGACGGUCAAGGGAAGGUCGUUCUCAGUGAAAAUCCAGAACCCAGAUAAUGAAGUUCACAUAAGCCUAAGUCGGCAACGUGAUUUUAAGGGAAAACUGUAAGAGCCAUGUUGACUUCAGGACCUGGAACGCCAACACAAAGAAAUAAAUCUUCAAGCAAGCCAGAACACACAUUUAAUUUCUUUUUUCUGAAUGAGAAACAGGAGGAAUAAAUAGUAGAGUUAGUCUCCCAUGGGGUAGGACCUGAGGGAAGUACAGGACCACAGGCUUUUUAUUAUCUCACCAUAAAAAGUUCUUGUUAAGGUGACUCAAUGUAUUAGAACUGAGUCUGGGAGUGGUGAACUGUUAUCUUCUGGAGAAGAGAGGCUCAGGGUGUACAAUGGACAAUUCAACCAACCAGUUACUUCUCCAUGGGAGACUAGGUUAUAAACAUGGGUGCUUAGUAUAUAACAGGCAAACAAACGAAAUAUUUUACAACCAAUGGCUUUAUACAUUUCUAAUGCAAUGUGGGUUUACUGGUAAAUUUUGUUAUUUUUACAACUGAUUUUCUAGUCUCAAAAUGUUUGUCAUAUGCUUCUUACAAUACACAUGUUUUAUCUCAAACAUUUCAAUAAAACCAUUCUUCAGGUAUAAAGAGAAUUACUUCAGACUAGGUAAUUCAGAAAACUCAAGGUUUAAGUUAAAAAUCAUUUUGGACUUGGGAAUAAGACUUUAUACCUCUUUUAUUGUUAACAAGUACUCAAUAAAGGAAAUUGAUAAAAAUUAA